AUGUUAUACUUAUCUGUAGGCCAAUUGCAAAUAACCAAUGCGUUUGAUGCUUCUAAGCUUAUGAUAAAUCCUGAUUGUCCAGAGGCAAACGAUUUUAGGGAGAGGUUACCAGCUGAUGGCCUCACCAUUGUUAUUAAGGAAGAAGAUGCCACCGACUUACAGGUUCAACUUGAGAAAAAGGAAGAGGAAUGGCAUAGCUAUGCGAUUUGUUCCGUGUCUGAGCUUCUGGAUUGCGACCAGAUCGAACAGAAGAGGAUUGUGUGUGUCGUCGGUUCAAUUGACACUGACUUUGGCUGGUAUUAUUUUGGUUGUGGUACCUGCCAACACCGAGUCAGCAAAGACUUGAAAAAGGAAGCAUCAACAAAACCUAAAUCUAAAGUCCCCAUCUGGUGGUGUCAACAGUGUAAAACAAACACUAAGAAGGUUGCAGGGAAGUUCAAGCUUCAUCUGAACGUGUACGAUGGUACUGGCGAAGCAAGGAUUAUGCUACUUGACAAUAUUGCGGAGAGCAUAGUUACAAAGUCCGCUGCUUUUCUUCUGAAUGGUUCCUUUGAUGAGAUUCAAGACCCUGACCAAAUGCCGGACUCCUUGCGUAAUUUGGUCGGGAAGACUUUUGAGUUCUUGGUUGGUGUGGAGAAGGAACACAUUAGCUACGGUAAUGAUACUUACAAGGUUCACAAAGUGCAUACUGGAGAAGGAAUCGUCAAGAAAGAUAGCUCUCAUGAUGUGAUUAGUAGAGUUGAUACAGUUUCACAAAUUGUGUCUACUGAUGAGGCCUCAGCGGUGAAGAGCAAUUACUUGGAGAAUUCCGAAGCUGGUGCAACACCUUCGUCCAAAAGACAGAAAGAUGAAGUUGAGGGCGUGACAGAUAAUGGUUCUGCUUCAAAGAAACAUUGUAACAAGGUCAUCGACUUGGAAGAUAUCAAUGGUGAAAACGAUGUAGAGCUCCCAGCUGGCGAUGAGAAGGUCAAUGGAUGA